AGUAAGAACUGGACCCCCAAGCUUGUUGGUGUCUCCUUUUCUGUGCUGUAGAAGGAUGGACUCGUACCUGAUCCAAGUGAACGGCCAUGGAAAUCAUGCCCCUAUCCUGGAUGUUCAUCUCAAGACCAAUGGGAACAGCAUAUCACUGGGGAAGGUGAAGGGCCGGAAGGGAAGAUGGGCUGUCAGGGCUUCUGAAAUGUCAAAGAAGACUUUCAAUCCUGUCCGAGCCAUCGUAGACAGCAUGAAGGUGGAGCCCAACCCAAAGAAAGCUAUGAUCUCCUUGUCCUUAGGAGACCCUACGGUCUUUGGAAACCUUCCAACAAAUGAUGAGGUCACACGGGCUGUGAAGGAGGUGUUGGACUCAGGACAUUACAACGGUUAUGCUCCAUCUGUUGGCUACCUGUCCUGCCGGGAAGCGGUGGCCGCAUACUACAACUGCCCAGAGGCACCACUGGAGGCCCAGGAUAUCAUCUUAACGAGCGGCUGCAGCCAGGCCAUAGAGCUUGCCUUGGCAGUGCUGGCCAAACCAGGCCAGAACAUCCUGGUGCCACGGCCCGGCUUCUCCCUCUACAAGACUCUGGCAUUGUCUAUGGGGAUCGAGGUCAAACUCUACAACCUCUUGCCAGAGAAGGCCUGGGAAAUUGAUUUGAAGCACUUGGAGUCUCUGGUGGAUGAGAAGACAGCCUGCCUCAUUGUGAACAACCCGUCGAACCCCUGUGGCUCUGUGUUCAGCAAAAGCCACCUCCAGAAGAUCCUGGCAGUGGCAUCAAGACAGUGCGUGCCCAUCCUUGCUGAUGAGAUCUAUGGAGACAUGGUGUUUGCUGACUGCAAAUAUGAGCCCAUUGCAACGCUCAGCACCAACGUGCCAAUCUUGUCCUGUGGUGGCUUGGCAAAGCGGUGGCUAGUCCCUGGCUGGCGGAUGGGCUGGAUCCUAAUUCAUGACAGGAGAGACAUCUUUGGUAAUGAGAUCAGGGAUGGCCUUCUGAGACUGAGUCAAAGGAUCCUAGGACCCUGUACGAUUGUCCAAGGAGCACUGGAACGUAUCUUGCACCGAACACCUCCUGAGUUCUACCACAACACCCUCAGCAUCCUCAAGUCCAAUGCUGACCUUUGUUAUGCUGCCUUAUCAGCUAUUCCUGGCCUCCAGCCUGUGCGGCCUACUGGAGCCAUGUACCUCAUGGUUGAGAUUGAGAUGGAGCAUUUCCCCGAGUUUGAAAAUGAUGUGGAGUUCACUGAGCGACUCAUCUCGGAGCAGUCUGUGUUCUGUUUGCCAGCCACGUGCUUUGAGUACCCAAACUUCUUCCGUGUGGUGAUCACCGUGCCUGAAGAGAUGAUCUUGGAGGCCUGCAGUCGCAUUCAGGAGUUCUGCGAGACACACUACCAGGGUGCUGAGGGGGCCCAGGAUCUGGAGUGUGACAAGUAG